AUGACGGAUUAUGCAUAUUUUUCGAUUGCAUUGGACGAAAGCACAGAUGUUUCAGAUAUAAGUCAACUUUUGAUUUUUGUUAGAGUUAUAUCUCCACUGUUUGAAGUGUAUGAAGAGCUAUUAGAAUUAUAUUCCUUGCAUGAAAUUACCAAAGGAAGUGAUAUAUUUAAUGCAGUAAAAAACGAAGUGUUGUGUGGAAAAAUAAUGAAGCUUGACGGAGUUAUGAAUACUGAAUUUAAAAUUACUAAUCGGAUUAGAGYAGACAACSRUAAUUUUAACCACAGUAAUUUUAUUACAUAUCUGGAAGAACUUGAUUGUGGGUAUGGUGAUUUACUAUUACACACGAAUGUACGCUGGUUAAGUUGUGGAAAUUGGCURCUCCAGACUUGCAAAAUAAAAAUGCAAAAAAAAGAGUUUGUGGAAUUACCAGGAGCUGAAAUGGGAAAAGUUGUUGUUAGAUUUCCUCCAGAAGCAAGUGGAUAUUUGCAUAUUGGACAUGCCAAAGCUGCUCUAUUAAAUCAGCACUAUCAAUUGGCUUUUAAUGGCCGUCUUAUAAUGCGUUUUGAUGAUACCAAUCCAGCAAAGGAGAAGGAAGAUUUUGAGAAGGUUAUAUUAGAAGACGUGGACAUGUUGAAAAUAAAGCCUGAUACUUUUACUUAUACUUCUGAUUAUUUUGAUAAAAUGUUAGAUUUAUGUGAGAAUGGGAUGUUAAAAGAAGGAUUAGCUUAUGUGGAUGACACGGAUGGAGAUAAAAUACGUUUGGAGCGUGAACAAAGGAUAGAAUCAAUAAAUCGAAAUAACUGUAAGCCUUAUAAUUUAUAUCUUUUUAAAAAUAUAAAAAUUAAAAAAAACUCAAAUACUCAAUCAUUAACUACCUUACAGAGUUUUGAAUUAAAAAACCAAAAUGAUAAUAAAAUAGAGAGAAUUUAUGCAGUCUCUGACCUUGAAAACACAGAUUUCAAAUCUACAGUGAAAGUUACGUGGCUACCAAAAACUGAUUAUUCAGAUUCUGACCAAGUUUUGCCUAUUCUGAUACCAGUCGUUUGUGUUUAUUUUGAUCAUUUAAUAAGUAAAGCAGUAUUAGCCAAAGAUGAAGAUUUCAAGCAAUACUUAAAUAUAGAAAAUAGUCGUUGGGAACUACAAAUGUUAGGUGAUUCAGAAUUGAAAGACUUAAAAAAAGGUGAAGUGAUUCAGUUGCAACGUAGAGGCUAUUUUAUUUGUGAUUCAACGUACCAGCCAUACAGCAUACAUACUGGGAAGGAAACACCAAUAGUGUUGUUUAACAUUCCUGAUGGUCACACAAAAACAGUUAAUCCAAUAACCACUGUUCCUUUAACAAUCGCCACAAAUAAUAUCAAGAAAAAUACAAACACAAAUGUCAAUAAUUUAAUCAAUCAGAUAAUCGCUCAAGCUAAUAAAGUACAAAAUAUGAAGAACGAGUUAGAAAAAGCUGAGAAAGAGUUGCUUACAUUGAAAGCAGAAUAUAAAACUAUUGAUAAAAAAUCGAAGAAGAAAGAUAAUAUUGCUGUGACCACAUCUAUAAAGUCUGAUAGCACCAACACCAAAAAAGUAACAAAAUUAGGGUUGGAAGUACCAAAGGUAUCGGAAAAUCUUGGAGAAUGGUAUUCUCAAGUGUUGGUUAAAGGCGAAAUGAUUGAAUAUUAUGAUGUUAGUGGAUGUUAUGUGCUCAGGCCUUGGGCUUACAGAAUAUGGGAAUUAAUACAAGAGUGGUUUGAUGCACGGAUUAAAAGAAAGCCUCUUAAUGUGCGGAAUUGUUAUUUCCCAAUGUUUGUAUCACAAGGAGCAUUAGAAAGAGAGAAAGAACAUAUUGCAGAUUUUGCACCAGAGGUAGCUUGGGUUACCAAAUCUGGUGAAACGGAUUUAGCUGAACCUAUUGCUAUAAGGCCAACUAGUGAAACUGGGAUGUACCCGGCUUUUGCGAAAUGGAUUCAGUCUUACAGAGAUUUGCCGUUGAAGCUCAAUCAAUGGAACAGCGUUGUGAGGUGGGAAUUCAAACACCCUCAACCUUUCUUGAGAACCAGAGAGUUUUUGUGGCAAGAAGGUCAUAAUGCAUAUGCAACUAGAGAAGAAGCAGAACGUGAUGUAUUAAUAAUAUUAGGUUAUUAUGAGUAUGUUUACAAGAAUAUGAUGGCAGUACCUGUAAUUAAAGGUAAAAAAACUGAAAAAGAAAAAUUUGCUGGAGGAGAAUUCACUACUACUUGUGAAGCAUAUGUAGCAUCCAGUGGUCGAGCAAUUCAAGGUGCCACUUCACAUUAUCUGGGUACCAAUUUUGCUAAAAUGUUUGAUGUUCAUUUUGAACAUCCAGACACGCAUGAGAAAUCAUUUGUUCAUCAGAUUUCGUUUGGUAUGACAACUAGAACUAUUGGUGUUAUGGUAAUGGUUCAUGGUGAUGACCGUGGGCUUGUUUUACCUCCACGMAUUGCAUCUAUUCAAGUAAUUAUAGUACCAUGUGGUGUGGGUGUUAGUACAGCAAAUGAAGUCAGAGAUAAUUUGAUUAGAACUUGCUUAGAUGUAUGUAACCGAUUAAAAGGAGACAUUGUGUUAGACAAUGAUGAUGAAAAUGACAAUAGCGUUAUUCAAAAUCGUAAUUCUAACUUAAUGAUAAGAGCGGAUACCGAUUUGCGAGAUAAUUAUUCACCUGGUUGGAAAUUCAACCACUGGGAGUUGAAG